AUGAGCAACCGUCGGAGAGAGGCAGCCGCGGCUGUUUUCGACCAUCUCGAUUCUAAUGGAGAUGGAUUGCUGACUUCAGAGGAUGUCAAUUGUGUCAACCCAUCGAAUCAUCCCGAUGUUAAAGCUGGCAUCAGGCGUCCAGAGCAUAUCUUCGCCGAAGUUAUGCAAGUUUUUGACGCUAAUGACGAUGGAAGAGUGUCCCUUGAAGAAUGGCUUGAGUAUUAUGAGGCUGUUAGCGCUUCUAUUGAUGACGAUGAGAUUUUCAUUCAUAUGUUGAAGAACGUCUGGAAGAUGCCCGGGUCGGAUGGAGACAUGGCCGACAAAUAUCGUGCACGCAUGCUUAUGGAGUAUCCCACUGGCUUGUGGUGA